ACAGGGAGAUGAAGGGAACCCUGGAAUGGAGGGACCAGAUGGCCCAAAAGGACAAAGCGGUGCUGCUGGCCCCCCUGGACUGAAAGGAAGUCAAGGAGCCCCGGGGGACCCUGGACCCGCUGGAAUACCCGCAGAGGAAGACCUGUAUGAAAGGCAAUGUCAGAAAGGAGCAAAGAGCUGCCAGGAGCUGUUAGCCAGAGGGAACCACAUGAGCGGCUGGUACACCAUCUACCCCCACGACUGUCACGCCAUGACCGUGCUGUGUGACAUGCACACGGAUGGUGGAGGAUGGAUUGUGUUCCAGAGACGGGCGGACGGCUCCGUGGAUUUUUACCGGGACUGGAAGUCGUACAAAAGAGGUUUCGGGAGCCUGCUCUCAGAAUUCUGGCUGGGGAACGACAACAUCCACCUGCUGACGUCCCAAGGAGCCACUGAGCUUCGCAUCGAUCUCAGAGAUUUUGACAACAGCUAUCAAUUUGCCACAUAUGCGUCAUUCCAAAUUGCAGGAGAGACUGACCAGUACAGGUUGACUCUUGGUCCCUUUGUAGAAGGUACAGCAGGGGAUUCCUUCUCCGAACAAAAUGGCAUGAUGUUUUCAACCUAUGACCAUGACAAUGACAUUACCGAGAAACAAUGCGCUAUAUCCUUUCAGGGGGCCUGGUGGUACAGGGAUUGUCAUCGCUCUACCCUGAAUGGGUUAUACCUGAAAGAAGACCGAGGUUACGCUGAUGGGGUGAACUGGCCUUCUGGCAAAGGGCGCAAUUACUCCUACAAGAUGUCUGAGAUGAAAAUUAGACCUGUGUAGUCAAUUGGGGAGUUAGUUACCAUGAUUAUACUUAGCUCUUAUAUAGCAGUUAUAGUUUUGUCAUAAUGACCAUUUAUCUGGGGAUGACACUAAAGACCUUUUCUUCAUGCAGAUGCACUAGGCGCAUCCAUCACACACACUAAUCCAGUGGAGUUCAAAAGGGCUAGAGCUGAUACAAAACUAUGAAAAUAUUGAAUUUCUAAGUUGUUUUCAUUUGAAAGGCUUCUAUAUUAAGUCUUUUUCGCUUUUGUAGAUUUUUUUAAUGUUUGGAGAUUAUUUUAACAAUUCCUCUCCUUGCUACACAGUAACAGAAAAUGCAAAUUCAUUUUCUCAUUUCCCAAAAAUGUAGCUUUCUAUAAAGAAAAAGAAUUGUCAUUAUCACGUCAAUAUUUUCAGCGAUUGCUCAAUAAAAUAUUUUAUGAUUUAUUCCCUGCCAAGCAAUACAUGGCGAUGUCAGUGAUAUUUCACGGAAAUGUCCCGGUGCUUUUAAAACUCUGUUUGCCCACAGAAAAUCUCUCAGUUUGCAAAC